UCUCAGUUCCAGUUACAUUCUGAGCUCGAUUCGGAGAUCAUCAUCUCGAUUGUUUGUCUAAGAUUUGAAGAAAAAAAUAAAUAAACGCCUAACGAUGAGGUCGCUUUGGGUCGUGUUAUCAGUAAUUGUGCUUUUUGGCGGUUUAACUCAAGCUGGAUUUCUCGAUUGGUUCCGGAGCAGCGAAAAUAAGGGUCACCAAAUAUGCAAGGUUGACUUCGAGGUGAUGGACCCCCGUGGUCUGAAGCUGUGGACGGCUCACAAACCGGAAACCAAGAUGUUCGGUGUCGAGUUGUUUAUAAAUCCGGUGGCCAGGGACGGAAAGCCGCCUGUUUGUAACGUCUGCCAAAAUACGACCGAUGUAAUGCACGGGAAAUUCUUCAUCCAGGAUGAUAAUGUGGUGGUGAAGAAAGGUGACGUUCUGGAAUAUGUGGCGAUAACCAGCAACGGAAAAACGACGCAGCGACAUAAGCCCCGAAAGAUUGUUGUUAAUGAUUACAUCAUCAAACCACAGGGCCGCUGCAACUGUCCUGCUCCAAUCCAGCCAUCGACGGUUCACGAGUCGGAUUCGGCAGCCGAAAUUCAGCUUCUGGAGCGCAUCAUUUCCGGCCUUUCGCAACGGUGCGCCGACGGAGCCGUAUCCAAUUUCCUGUUCCUGCAAGCCGAUAGGCCCAGCAGUGGUUCCCGGGAUCUGCUGGAACACGUCCGGAGCUACCUGCUGGCCAACAAAGAUCUGAAAGCAUAUGCCGGGGCCGUAACGUCCGCCGAAGACUAUUCCGAUGGAAUUGCUUUCCAGGUGAAAUCGCUGAUCGAUAAACUGAAGAUUCUGGAGAUUAGCUCGACCAGCAGCGAUAUAAUUGAUUAUGACUCGUUCUCCACCAUCGACAAAAUCGACCUGAGGAUGUCCGUUUAGUUGUAAUACGGUAUUUGACUCAUGACUUCGAAAACGUUGUACGGUAUCAAUGUGUUCACUAAUCAGUUUACAUAAAGAGAUUAAUUAAAACUUGGAA